CAUCUAUACCUAUUUCUAUCUAUAUCUGUCUAUAUCUUUGUCUAUCUAUCUCACUGUGCAUCAGCAGCACCCAGAGGAUUUCUGAACGAAUCCACCGACUGAUCCCUCAGGUAUUUUAAGCUUCCAGAAAUUAACUCCUCCAGCUGUCUUGCCACUUGCUGUUUGUGCAGACAGCUGAUAUCUUCCAAGUUACAUGUUUGUUCCCAAAGAGAUCACUGUGUGUUGACAUCAAGGUACUUUUUAGGGAUUUUUGUCUGUUUGUUUUUUAUUUUAAGGCUAAAUAAAUAGUUUAAGGUUGAGUCAUUCUGAGUUGCACUGGCAUGGCCUCUUUUUCAAGCUGAUCUCAACCCCUCUUUCAGCUCAGCAUGUGCUUCCACCCACCUCCCUCCAGCCACUCAGCUGGGAAAUGAGAUAAACACAUCACAACUGGCUGGAGACUGGGAAUUCCCGCUGCAAAUGUGGAGGCCAGCUGGAAACACCACUGUCAUUUCAAAUCAGUACACGGGGUUCAUAAAGAGAUGGUCAUUUUUAUUCCAGGGAGGUUUAGUGGAGCAGAUGGAGACGUUAGUCCGGGGAUGGCAGGAAUGUCUUCUGUGCCUUUUGUCAUUGCUGAGCCUCUCUUUUACCUGAUAAAGUUCAUAGGAAGUGAGAAUCCAGUUAGGCUGGAUCUUUAAUGUGUUGGGAUUGUAGAGUCAUUUUUCAUAGUAUCAUAGAAUCUUGGAAUAGUUUGCAUUGGAAGGAACCUUAAAGUUCAUCCAGUUCCACCCCCUGCCAUGAGCAGGGACACCUUCCACUAGAUCAGGUUACUCUAAGCCCCAUUGAACCUGGUCUUGAACACUUCCAGGGAUGGGGCAGCCAUGGCUUCUCUGGGAAAUGUGUGCCAGACUCUCACAGGGAAGAAUUUCUUCCUAAUAUCCAAUCUAAAUCUAUCUUUCCCUUUAAGGCCACUCCUCUCAGAUUUGUUAUUUGCUCUUUGUAUUUACUGUUUAUUACUUAUUGCUAUUUAUUGCUUACCAUCUAUUGUUUACUAUUUAUUCCCUACUUUAUUAUGUACUGUUUAUUACCUACGACUCACAGUUUAUUAUUUACCACCUGCACUUUAGGAUUUACUAUUAGUAUUAUUAAUUACUAUUAGUAGUGUUUAUUAAUUACUAUUCAUUAUUUACUCUUCACAUUAACAUCAUUUUAAACAAAUAUUUAACAUUAUUCACAAACAUUUGGGUAAUAUUGCUUAAUGGCUGCAGGCUUUACUUUCCCCACCAACUGAGAAAGAGAUGGAGAGGGAUAUGGAGUGAUAGGACAAGGGGGAAUGGCUUCACCUCAGAGGAUGGGUCUAUGCUGAAUAAUGGGAAGAAAUUCUUCCCUUGAGGGUGGUGAGACCCUGGCACAGGUUGUCCAGAGAAGCUGUGGCUGCCCCAUCCCUGGAAGUGUUCAAGGCCAGGUUGGACAGGGCUUGGAGCAACCUGGGAUAGUGGAAGGUGUCUUGGCCCAUGGCAGGGGGUUGGAACUGGAUGGUCCUUAAGGUCCCUCCCAGCCCAAACCAUUCCAGGAUUCCACGAACACACCUCAGGGAUGUUGCCACCAGGCACAGAGGAGAAGCAAAUGAGGAGGAAGAUGAAAAUUCCGUGCUCAAUGUGACGCCAGGUUUGCAAAGAGGAAGUGUUUGAAGGAACCAGCAAACGGGGCUGUGACGCCCGUCCCGUGGGGUGGCACUCGGGCAGGACACUUCCGCUGCUCUCAGAGGGAUGACCCAGCCCUGGCUGGGAGCACAGAUCACACCCAGGACCCAGCCCUUGCUCAGGGGCCACUCCUGAGGGAGAGGUGGGGAGCCAGAGCACGGACUGCUGAAGGCCCUCAGCAUGGAUUCACAGUGGUGCUGUUGGCCAGAUCUUGCCUGAGACAAUUUGGGCAUGUCAGCCUUGUGAAGUUUCAUGUGCAGCGCUGGCAGAGGGGACUGGAGUCUGCAGCGUUGGGACACUAAGGCUGUGCAAGGACUGUGCUCUCUCUGGAACCCCUGUGACUGGCGAGCACAAGGAAGAUGGACCGGCACCCCAGCCACAUGACCCACGACUGGCUUUCAGUGUUCCCAACUCCCACAGAGAGCCUGGACUACGGGGAUGGACACAAUGGCACUGGGUGCUUUGUGGAGCACAUCCCGGAGCUGCUCACGGGCGGCCUCACCCUGCUCACCUGCCUGUGCGGGCUGCUGGGCAACGGGGCCAUCCUCUGGCUCCUGGGCUUCCGUGUCCGCAGGAACCCCUUCAGUGCCUACCUGCUGAACCUGGCCCUGGCUGACACCUGCUUCCUGCUCUGCACCUCGGCCUUCCUCCUCAUGUACCACAUGCCCGUGCUCAGCCGCUCCCGCGCGGAGGUGCCGCGGGUGCUGCCGCUGUUCCACUCCAUGGUCCUGCUCACGUACAGCACCAGCCUGUACCUGCUCACGGCCAUCAGUGUGGAGAGGUGUGUGGGCGUCCUCUGGCCCUUCUGGUGCCGGUGCCGCCGCCCGAGGCUCCUGUCCCCCGUGGUGUGCAGCCUGCUGUGGGCACUUGCCUGCGUACUGGCCGGGCUGGUGUACUUCGUGUGUGACCUGGGGCACUCCGAGCACUGCUGGGUGGUUCUGGGAACCUUGUGCUUCCUCAGUUUCUGCGUUUUGACUCCUCUUAUGGUUGUUUCCAACGUGAUCGUCUUCAUCAAGCUCAGGCAGAGCUCUUGGCAGUACCACUCCCUGAGGCUCUACGCCGCCAUCUUCCUCACUGUGUUCUCCUUCCUCCUUUUUGGUGUCCCACUCAGCAUCCAGAUCCUCCUCAACUUCUUUGUCUACAUUAACCUUGUCUUUGAGAUCUGCCUGUUGCUCGCCUCUGUCAACAGCGGCAUCAACCCCAUUAUUUAUGUCCUGGUUGGGAGCUACGGGAAGCCCAGGCUCAGGGGAUCUGUCAAAGUGGCUCUACAGAGGGUCUUUGAAGACAGGGCUGAUUCCCAAGAGGUGGGUGAGACCCCUGUGGUGGGAACUGCUGCCUAAAUCCCUGUGGGUGCCAACUGGCACUAGAAGAGAGGCAGCCCUACCUCUGCACAGUGGGAGCAGAGCCUUUGCCUGUCUGGAUGAGUUGUGCAUCCCCAGGUCAAGGGCAUACUUGAGAUUUCCGGGGGCAGGGCUGGUUCCCACCUCAAAUUUAUAUUUAAAUUAUUAUAAUAAAUUUUUUUUCAUGUAAUUUA